CAAGCGUUACCACGUCCUGUGUGCAGGAGUCAAUAAAAAAUAACAGGAAAUGUGAGAACAUCUCUCGCGAUACAAAGCAACACGACAUCCGUACGGAUAAAAUCAGUUUGAAGAACUAUAGAAGACGUAAAGCUGGGUUGUAGGUAUUUGCAGUCGGCGCCAAAAUGCCUUGUAUUGGCAUGAAUAGAAUGGUCGUGUGACAGAUAAGUAACAAAAUCGCAAAUACGUUACUGUAAUAUUUGAUAGUUUGCAUUUUAGUUAACUAACAUGUCGCUGGUAAAAAAUCCCAUGCGAUAUGCUCAUCAGGAAGGACACACCGACGUUUGUUAUUAUUCUGGCAAAAAGAGAGGACUUAUCACUUGUGGGUGUGAUGGAGAUGUCAGAUCCUGGUUGAGUAUAAUAGACGAUGAUCCAACCACUAGCUGCAUCUCUGAACAAGCAAUUACAGCCAUUUCAAAGGAUGGCAAGAUCUAUGUAGGGAACGAUAAUAAUACGGUACAGAUACUUACUUAUCCUGAUUUGGAGAAGGAAGGAAUAGUCACUAGAUUUUCGGCACCAGUCUCAGCAUUGACCACAGCAAAGGAUAGUAAUUUGAUAGUAUCUGGAUCCUGCGAUAUGCGGAUACAAGUCACAAAUAUCAAUACACUAGAUAGUACAGAAUUAGAGGGUCACGAAGCACCUAUCUUGGGCUUAUCUUUAGAUCCAAAAGAAGAAUUUCUGGCAUCUUCUAGUGCAGAUGGAUCCAUUCGAGUAUGGAACAUUAAGGAAAAGCGAGCUGUACAAAUUUGGAGUAAUAUUUUGCCGAAAUCUAACUCCUUUUUCACUGCGAAGUCAUAUUGCACGCCAUCCUUUAAAUGUACGGAUGGUAGCUGCCUCGCAUACCCAUUAAAUAAAGAGGUAGUGGUAGUAGAGAGAUCAUCCUGGAGAGAAUUGUACAGACUGAAAUCUUCUAAUUUAAAAUCCGAACUCAGCAUUUGUAAAUUUUCCGAAUGUGGCACACGUGUAGCCGCUAGUUCGUUGUACGGAGAACUGGUCGUCUGGGAUGUAGAAACUAAGAAUGUGAUCGGAUAUCUGGAACACGAGCAGAAUACCAAGAUCACCGCGUUGGUUUGGCACAUAGAUCACUCCAAUGAAAUCGCGUUUUGCGAUGCACUUGGGAAAUUAGGAUGCAUCGAUGUGAUAAGCCCUGAUAAAUCCGAGCUUGAAGCGAUUCCGGACUCGGAGAGAAACGAGCAUGUAACGGAAGAUUGGGUGGCAGACGACAAAGUAGACGAUGAUGGGGAAAAUGUAAUAUCGCUGGAUAAAAUUAAGGCUUCCGCCAAAUUGCAGGAUGAUGAAAAGGAGGAUUCCGACGACGGGAGCUUGGACGCACCUCCGAGCAACGCGAAAUUUAUGGCCGAUCUGCAACCGUGUUUCCAGCCGGGAUCAACACCUUCUCAUUUGUUAUCGUAUUACAUGGUGUGGAACGAUGUGGGAAUGGUCCGGACUUUCCCACUGGAUAACGAGAACGAUAGCAGCAUCGAGGUAGAGUUUCACGACGCUGCGGUACAUUGUAGCAUGCAUAUCAAUAAUUAUUUGAAGCAUGCUAUGGCUGCCUUGUCGACUCAAGCACUCGCAAUGAGCUGCCAAGCUUCGGAGGAUGGCCCUAGUAAAAUAGUCGUGUUAGCUCUGCAAGGUUGGGGUACCGGGAAUAAGGAGUGGUCGGUGGACAUGCCGGAGGACGAACAAGUGAAGUGUAUAGCGGUUGGCGACAACUUCGUAGCGGUUGCCACAUCCAAGAGAAACUUAAGGAUAUUCAUGAUAGGAGGCACUCAACGUGAGGUCUUAGGCUUGCCCGGGCACGUGGUUGCGAUGAACGGCCUGAGGAAUCACCUUCUGAUAGCUUACCAUGCUGCAGUUGGUACGAACGGCGAUCAGCACAUGAAUCUACUGUGGAUACAGGUGCAGGGUGCGUUCUUGCGAAGCCAGACUCUCGCAGCGCCCUUGUCGCCCAGUUCGGACCUCAUGUGGCUGGGAUUCACUUCCGACGUUGGCUCCCCCACUACCGUGGAUGCCGAUGACGUUGUCAGAAUAUACGACAAGAGAUCUUGCUUGUGGAGGGUGGUGUGCGAUACGAAUAUAAUGAGCAAGGGCAAGUCAAAUCACUACUUCGUGAUCGGCGUGAGCGAGCGGGAGCAGAUUAUGCGUUGCAUCCUCUGCAAAGGCGGCUUCUAUCCAUCCACGACACCGCGUCCAAUAGUCACCGAGGUGCCGCUCUCCAUGCCUCUCUGCGAGCCGGAAUCUGAGAGAACCGAGAAAGAGCGUAAAUUGUGGCAGAUAGGCAGCAGUCCGUUGAACGAGACCGAGGCGAUAUUAAUCCUGAUAGCGCACGCCUGCCGAAACAAUUUGGAAUAUCGCGCGGUGGAUAUCUGCGAGCAAAUCGCGUCCGUAGAAGCGAUAGACAUGGCUAUCAAGUACGCCAGGCGCAUCAACAAAAGAGCGUUGGCGAGCAAAUUGGAAUCGAUCGCCGACACGAAGGAGGAGAAGAAAGAGAAGGAGAACACGGAGAAUCAUCGGGACAAUUUCACGAACAAUGACGACUCCAAUAAUACUCACGACGAAGAGAUAGACGAUGUGCCCUUACCAGCUAUUAAGAAACCGGAAGUGGAAAUCAAGCCGUUAGCGAUGAGCCAGACCUUGAGGAGGAUAAACCCAUUUUUAAAAUCGGAGAACUCGUCCCCGUCGGUGAGAGGUUUGGCUGGCUUGAACAGUUUACCGGAGAAGCCCCAGAAGGCCGCGUUAACGAAGCCCGCGCCUGCCAAGCCGAAGUCCUGCCCGAAGAAAGAAUCGUUCGUUAACUGGUACGCCAAAAACAAGAAGAAUCUGCAAGAAGAAUUUCCCGAACUGAGUGUCGCCGAAUUGACCAAGAUCGGCCUGACGCGAUUUAAAGAGCAGACCACGACGAAGCAGUCAGACGCCGUAGCAUGCUCGACAACAACGACGACGAGAGAAGAGAGCAAGAAACGGAAAUUGUCGAAUUCGGGGGACGAGCAGGAUGUCAAAACGAAACGUUCCACCAGCAGCAUCCUCAGCGAAUUCGCGUACGACAAUUUGCUUCAGUCUCUCGCGCUCUCGACGCACGACGGUAGUAUACGACGACGGGGAAUACAUAUCGUAUCGCGCCCGAACGAAAAUAAAUUUGCCUUACAGCCGGGAGACGGUGUAAGCGUAGAUAAAGAGUCUUGACCGGCUUCGAACGAUGAAAGCAGAUACUCGUCUGCAUUAUCGACGCUUAACAGUAGAGAAAGUUGACUGAGGAACAUGCUUCGCGACAUCGAGAAAGAUUGGCGCGAGAUGGGUAAAAUAGCGCUGUCACUCUUUGUUGCGACUUGCUACCACGCUUAUACGCCGACCCCGAGAUUUGAGGCGCUCUUAUUAUCAACUUUCCUCAUUAAUAGGGAAAAUGUUUGAUUAACAGCGUCGUCACCGUUAUCGCUAUCGCACGCUUUCUUAAUCCGCGGUAACAGAUACUUCUUUUCGCCUCAAUGAACAAAUUACACUAAUAAAUUAAAACAUCGCAUUAAACUGCCGCGCGAAGGUACCAAGACAACACAUAUGUCUAAAAGACGUAUUUAGGAUAUCUUAAUGUUACUUGAGUACAAUUCCGCAUACGAUGCAGAUUCCGAUCGCCGAGAUACGACGCGAUGUCUUUUAUAUUUAUUUCUACGGGAAGAAGAUACAAAUCUUGUGUAUCUUCAACACAAUAACAUUUUUAUCGUUGACAAAUGUUAUGAGGAAUAAUGUCACUCGUAUGCGAGCUCCGUGCGUGCUUAGAACGCGUCGGAUGGAUGCAUAGAGUGUGAAGAUUUUGUUAUAGUUUAAGAGGGAGAAAAUAUUUGUACGUUAGACAAGAUCUUCCCCGUUACACGAGCGAGAGAAUAUUAAGGGUAACUUAAAUUUCAUGUAGCUUUAGUUUCAUGUUUUAUCGUUGACAAAUGUUAUGAGGAAUAAUGUCACUCGUAUGCGAGCUCCGUGCGUGCUUAGAACGCGUCAGAUGGAUGCAUAGGGUGUGAAGAUUUUGUUAUAGUUUAAGAGGGAGAAAAUAUUUGUACGUUAGACAAGAUCUUCCCCGUUACACGAGCGAGAGGAUAUUAAGGGUAACUUAAAUUUCAUGUAGCUUUAGUUUCAUGUUUUAUCUGAAGAAAACGUGCCUUAACGAUGUACGAUGACUCGAUUCAUGUUCAUAAUAAAGUUGGGAGAAAAUAGAGAAUAAAAUUAAUUGUGAAUUUCAAAGAAUGAAAUUAUGUCCCGACAAAUCAACGACGCACGUACUUGACCGACAGACGUGCCGGCGUCUAUGCAAAAGUUGAGCGCAAUUUUCACAAGUUCAUAAUUCUGCACUUGUGUGCACAGACAGAGACAGCCGUCUUGAUGCGCUUAUGAUACCGUAGACUCGACACAAACACAUCCUUGCAUUUUACUCGUAGUUUUCUUUUCACGUAUUAUAUCGUUAUUAGCAUUCAGCUAAUUAGCAUUUAAUAGUUAAUUAGCAUUUAAUAGUUCACAUGCGCGCGAUUCGAUGAUUGCAUCGAUCCGUAUUGAUUUGCCAGACGGAACGAAAUGUCAGCAUCCUUGAACCGUGCGAAUUAUAUAUGACUAAAGCAAUUAUAUAUAAUCACCGUGUUCCGAAUAGACAGAAAAGGCGAGAGCUAAUGAACUCUAUCGCGAUUCUCGCACGAGCGAUAAAUGUGCCACUAGAAAGUAGUUAUUUCCGAGCGAAGAGGAUAUCUCCCGUGAGAAAAUACGGAUAAUAUUAAGGAUGUAUUGUCCAUAAGAAAAAAUAAUGAAAAAAUCGUAAGAAAAUUACAAAUUGACCUGUAUUGCAUUUAAAAGUGACACUAAAAGUCUGAAAAACAGCAA